AUGGCCUCAUAUUUAGUCACGGGGUCCUCGCGGGGCCUUGGACUGGCACUAGUCACUCGUCUUGUUGCCUUGCCGAAGGCCGAGGUCGGAACCAUCAUUGCGACCGCUCGCCAGGACAACUCACCUGGCUUGAAGGAGCUGGUGAAUGCAUCGGCAGGUCGCAUCGAACUUGUGACUAUGGAUGUCACCAACGAGGCCAGUGUGAAACAGGCAACCACCUUAGUAGAACAGAAGCUGCAUGGAAAGGGAUUAGACUAUUUGAUUAACAAUGCUGGAGUGAUGGAUUGGUCGCCGACAGGAUUGGAAGGAAUGGACAAUCUCAAUGAGGUUUUCAAUGUCAAUGUGACAGCAAGUCAUCUAGUGACGAGGGCUUUCUUACCUCUUCUUCGCAGGGCAGAGAAGAAAGCCGUGAUCAAUAUAUCGACAACUCUGGGGUCUAUUGCCAUGGCUGAGGUCUACCAACAUAUGAAGUCGCCGGCCUAUAAAAUAUCGAAAGCUGCCAUGAACAUGUUGACCGUGCAAUAUGCUCAGCAAUAUGCCAACGAUGGCUUCACAUUCUUGGCCAUCAGCCCUGGUUGGUUGCGCACGGAACUCGGCAGCGCGCGAGCAGAUCUGCCGGUUGAUGUUGGCGCUGAGAAGGUGGUUGAUAUUGUACAAAAGGCAGGUCCUGAACAGAAUGGAAAAUUCUUUGACAUCCUUGUUCCCGGGUGGGAGAAGUUGAGCAGGGCAAGGUAUGAUGGGGAGGAAAUUCCUUGGUGA